AUGCCGCUGUCCGCCUGCCAGUCCUGCGCCACGCAUGACGCCAUCGUGUUUUGCCUGCUCUGCGGCGCCAGGCUUUGCCUGCCCUGCGACGCCGCCCUGCACGCCGCCGCGGGGCUCCACCCGCGCGCCCGGCUCUGCGACAAAUGCAACGUCGCGCCGGCCGCGCUGCGCUGCGACGACGUCACGCUCUGCGCCGGGUGCGGCGGUCGCGGCCCUCCGCCUCCGGCCGGCGCCCUCGUCACCCAGUACACCGGCUGCCCCGCGCCUACAGAUCUGGUGCGCAUCCUCUCCACCGAAACGCCGCAGCAGCAGGAUGCGAUGGAGGUCUGGCUCGCCGAUAAGUUACCGCACCUUUUGGACGAUGGGGAGGAUGAUGCUCAACUGAUGGAAGGAUGGGAUGUCGCUGAGGAAACUGCCAAGCUUGAGAAGAUGCUGAAUGACCUCUCCUCACCAUGGCAAAGCAAUGAUGCAUUCCAUACCAUGCCGCCGCCGGAAAGUGUCCGACCACCACAAACGCCGCAGCAGGAUGCUGACAGCGCCAUAGUGAAGAAACGGCAGGAGAGGGAGAGAGCCAAGCUCCGAUACACCGAGAAGAAAAAGAAGAGAAGAUUCUGCAAGCAGAUCAUGUAUGCUUCCCGCAAGGCCAGAGCCGACACAAGGCAGAGAGUCAAAGGCCGAUUUGCAAAGGCUUCAACUUCUCAUGAUCCCCAUAAUUUUUUUGAGGAAACUGCCGUCCAUGACGAUCCAUCUAAUACAGACAAGGGAGAGACAAGAAGUUGA